AGAGAGAGAGAGAGAGAGAGACACACACACACACACAGAGCGAUAGAGAGAGAAGCAAGAAAAAGAAGAAGAUGAUGAAGCUGAGGUCAAAGAGGUUCGGCAGAAGCAGCUCCAAGCUCAGCGGCAACGGCGGCGGCGGCGGCGGCGGCAAGGGGUCGCCGUCCGCCGAGAGGUCGUGCAGCGGCAACAUGGAGAUCAAGUGGGAGCUCAGGCCCGGCGGCAUGCUGGUCCAGAAGAGAGACGGGAGCAGCGGGAGCGAGAGCUCCGGAGAGGGCACGAUCACCGUCAGGGUCUCCACCGUCGCCGAGUGGCACGACAUUCCCAUUGAAUCCACCUCCACCUUCGGGGAACUGAAGACGAUACUGGCAUUGGUCACAGGCUUGGAACCAAGAGAGCAGCGGCUGCUGUUCAAAGGGAAGGAGAGAGAAGACAGUGAGCACUUGCACAUGGUCGGUGUCAAGGACAAGGACAAAGUGCUCUUGCUAGAGGAUCCUGCCAUUAAAGAGAGGAAGAAGCUCCAUGGAAAUCAUAUUGCAUCGAGUCAGCAAAUAGGGAAUCACCCAUUUCGCACCAUAAGCGUUUAAUGGUCUUUAAUUCUGUUUUUUUCUUCUUUUAUUUUAACCCUUUUGUUCAAUCUCAAUCAAGAGCAUACUUCUCUCUGUCUCUCUCUACUAACGCCCACAAAAGAAAAUGGGAUUAGGUUAGAAACAUGUAUGGUUGAUCAACGAUCCCUUUUGUUUGGGUUUGAUUAGUUUGGUUAGGUUUAUGAUGGUGUCAGUUCCAACGAGUAUUAUAAUGGUGUGAGCUGAUGCAUUAUCUGCAUCAUUUGGCUUUGGCUUGUACUGUCUAUAAGAAAUGGAAAGAAAAAAAAGGUGCAUUUUGAUUCCAAAAUGCUAUCGUUUUCUC